UCCGCCCGCUAGAGCGCCGCCAUCUUGUUGUUGAUUCGAGCGGCUGGGAGCGGUGGCGCUGGGGCUCCGCGUUCCGGUGUCCCGGCCGGGCAGGCAGCGCCGGCCCCGUGAGCCGCGGCAGGCGGGGACUGGCCAGGCUGAGGGUCGGGGGGCUGAGCCGAGCGCGCUGCCGUGAAGGGGAGAUCCGGGUGCGGCGCCGUGAAGGGUGAGGGGGUACACAGGCACGGCCCCGUGUGAGCAGCCGGGGAGCUGCGCGCAGGAAGGAGCUCGGAACCCGCGGCGGUAACAUGAAACCAACAUGGCUGACUUGCUUCUGGGGUCCUGCUCCCUCUUGAUUGAGAGAAGUUGGCUCCAUAUUCCAGUGACUGCUCAGCCAAAGGAGCUUGGGUGACAUCUCCAAGAUCACUGCCAGGAAGCAAAUUGCCAGGAUUUCCCCCCUGUGGCUGCCUGACCGCUGCUGAGCUCCCCCUCCCAGCCCAUGCGGCUCUCCCCCAUGCUCCAAGAGUGCAAGGGGUGCCCAACGCAAUGUGUGUUUGUCAAACCAUGGAAGUGGGCAAGUAUGGCAAGAAUGCCACUCAAACUGGAGACCGGGGGGUGCUGCUGGAGCCUUUCAUUCACCAGGUGGGCGGGCACAGCAGCAUGAUGCGCUACGACGACCACACUGUCUGCAAGCCCCUCAUCACCCGGGAGCAGCGCUUCUACGAGUCCCUGCCCCCAGAAAUGAAGGAGUUCACACCUGAGUACAAAGGUGUGGUGUCUGUCUGUUUUGAGGGCGACAGCGAUGGCUACAUUAACCUGGUGGCCUAUCCCUAUGUGGAGAACGAGGCUGUGGAGCAGGAUGAUCUCCCAGAGAGGGACCAGCCACGGCGCAAGCACUCGCGCCGCAGCCUUCACAGGUCAAGCAGCGGCACCGAGCACAAGGAGGAGAAGCCUGGCCUGGCCAGUGACACCACUGAAAGCAGCAUCCAGGAAACGAAGAGUCCCAGGGUGGACUGCCACAUCCACUCAGAUGUUCCAUUUCAGAUGUUGGAUGGGAACAGCGGGCUGAGCUCAGAGAAGAUCAGCUACAACCCCUGGAGCCUGCGCUGCCACAAGCAGCAGCUGAGCCGCAUGCGGUCCGAGUCCAAGGAGAGGAAGCUGUACAAGUUCCUGCUGCUGGAGAACGUGGUGCAUCACUUCAAGCUUCCCUGUGUGCUUGAUCUGAAGAUGGGGACCAGACAGCACGGGGACGAUGCCUCUGAGGAGAAGGCUGCUCGGCAGAUGAAGAAGUGUGAGCAGAGCACUUCUGCCACCCUGGGUGUGCGUGUGUGUGGGAUGCAGGUGUAUCAGCUGGAUACAGGGCAUUACUUAUGCAGGAAUAAAUACUACGGGCGCGGCCUUUCCAUCGAAGGCUUCCGCAACGCCCUCUACCAGUAUCUGCACAACGGCAUUGAGCUGCGCAAGGACCUCUUUGAGCCUGUCCUCGCCAAACUGCGCAGCCUCAAGGCGGUUUUGGAGAGACAGGCCUCCUACCGCUUCUACUCCAGCUCCCUCCUCAUCAUCUACGACGGGAGGAAGGACAGCCGGGAGGGGGUGCUGGUGGAGCGCCGGCCGGAGGCGCGCCUGAAGCGGGCGGACGGCUCGGUCCCGGAGAGCCUCCAGGACGGCGGCGGCCCGGAGCCCGGCCCCUCGGCCCCGCCCAAGGUGGACGUGCGCAUGAUUGACUUUGCACACAGCACCUUCAAAGGCUUCCGCGACGACCCCACUGUGCACGACGGGCCCGACAUGGGCUACAUGUUCGGGCUGGAAAGCCUCAUCAACAUCAUGGAACAGAUGCGUGAGGAAAACCAGUAGCCCUGGGCUGUGGCCUCUUAUUCUUGUCCUGGUGGCAGGAGCAGACAAGACCACCCACUACCACAGGAAAAACACAGACAAAAUUGGUUUUAAACAACUGUAUCACUCCGUUGUUUUUUAAAUGUACUUGGAUAGAAGAGCUGAGGUGAGGCAGGAUGGAAGAACUCCUCGUGCUAACCAGAUAGUUCUGACCGCACUUGCUCUGCCUUCUGGAGGAGGCUCUGUAGAUGCCUGCUGGGUGUCAGGUGUCCCAGUUCUUUGCUCAUCACAUGUGCGUUGUGGAGGGAGGACCUGGACAUAGGGAAGAGAAAGCAGGAGAGCCCAGGGCUCUUGAUGAGGCUGGAGCUCUGCUGUGAGGAGCCUCCUGCCUCAGGAGCUUCCCCUUUGAAUUUUUCCUGAGUUAUUUGGAAAGGGCGCUCACGUGACGGUUUGGCAGCGUCUGUGGGGCCAGUGAGAAGUCAGGUGCCAGUCCCUGCAUUCGAUCACUGGCUCUGCCCUGGGUUUUGCUGAUGGGGCUUUGCUUUUGAUGCUGCCUUCUUCUGCUGUUUGGGCACUGUGAGUAACCACCCCAAACACAGAAAUGAAAUGACCAGAUGCAAUCCCUGGCAGAGCUGUGGCCUGGAGGGAAUGCCACAGAUGUGGAGCUGUGCUCGAGCCUGGGCUCUGCUCACUCCCUGAUGGCAGGGGCAGGCACAGGGCUCUGCAGGAGUGAGACUGCUCUGGACCACUGACUGGCAAGCACUCAGCUCAUGGGCUAGCAAUAGUAUCUGUAGCAGUUAACAUGACCCCAGCUGUGCAGCGGGGCAUUUUGGACCAUUUCAACCCCUCCCCUCCUCUAAGUGCAGAGUAUGUCCCUCCAGCACAAAGCUGCCCUCUUCCCCCGGGGACCCUCUGCCCCCAGGCCCUGCUCUUCCAACAGGUCUGGGGGUGGUGGAAGGGGAGGCUGAGGCUUAGGGCUGAUCCCCAUCUCCUCCCUGAAGGUCUCCAGGGGCAGGUGAGGGGUGACCUAGCUGAGCAGUGAGUGUCACUGUCUUGACUGUUGAGUACCACUGCCUGACUGUUCAGCUUUGCUUCACGGAGUCAGUGUCUCCUGAAAUAAAUGUCCCCCAGCCUCCUUUGAUGAGGAAUUAACAUUUGAUACUGUGGCCUGGUGGUACCGGACCGAACCCUGCUCCACCUCAGCUCCAGUUUUUGUGCUAGGGCCCUGGCUGCUCCCUCCUGCUCUCACUGACUUGUUCCAUGAUACUACCAUUACCCUGGGUACCCACAGGGCCAGGGUUGCGGGUUUUUUUAAUUACUUCAGGAAAGCUCGUUUGGGGAAUCCUCGCAUGUCGCAUGUGUGCUGACUCCAUGUGCGCAGACGCCGCUGGGAAAGCACGGCUGCCACAGCAGGCACAGGCCUGUGGCACUGGUGUGGAAGCGGACAGGAGAGCUGCCCACUUCUCUGCCUGUCUCCCAGCUCCUCAAAGCCUGCCCAAGGCACUCCUCCCCUCCCACUCUCUGAACAAGGACCUUUAUGCAUGGCACGGUGCCCUGCACUGGGUUACUUUAUCGCUCCUGCGGGUCCCUACCUUGCCAGGACUCGCAGGAUUUUCAGGGAGCAGGUUUGCAGGAGGGAGUGAGGCUGGGUGAGUGCUGGGCUGUAGGUACCCUCAACAGGCCUAUUAUUCCCUGGCCCUGCCCCAGCGUGGCCCAUCGCCGCCACCUCUGCAUGUCCUUGUCCCCGUGUGCGGGUCAGGCCGCACCUCCGGGAGAGUCCCCUGCUGUCCCCCGCGCUCAUUUUUGCCUUUCCCCGCCUCACUGGGCCGGUGCUCAGUGGGAGCUGCCUCCCCUUCAGACCACCGCGGUGGGACUCCACAGCUUGUACAUAGCCUUGGCCCCGUUUGUUUUUACAUGAAUAACCACCCUGUUUGUGCUUCACAGAGAACCAAAAACCAUUAAAGGAUCUGUUUUUGUC